GCCGCACCGCGCCGCGCCGCCGAGGGAGGCUCCCGAGCUCGCCGAUUUCCCUGUAUGAGGCGGUUGGCACCACUGGAGAGACCGAAUGAGAGACUCCGCGGCGGCGGGAAAUUCACUGGUCCAGAAGCGCUCUCCUUCACGUCGCAGCCACAAGAGCUCAGCGUCUCUGGCCAAGCAGUCGGUCCAUGAUGGACAGAAAGCCAAAAAGCCACUUUGUAAAUUUGAGGAAGGUCAGGAUGUCCUAGCUAGAUGGUCAGAUGGCUUGUUUUAUCUUGGAACUAUCAAAAAGAUAAACAAACUGAAACAGAACUGCUUCGUUAUAUUUGAAGACAGUUCCAAAUCCUGGGUUCUCUGGAAGGACAUACAAACAGGAGCCACUGAGAGUGGGGAAAUGGUCUGUACAAUAUGUCAGGAAGAGUAUUCAGAAGCACCAAAUGAAAUGGUUAUAUGUGAUAAAUGUGGGCAAGGUUACCAUCAGCUGUGUCACACACCAAAUAUUGAUUCCAGCGUGAUUGAUUCAGAUGAUAAAUGGCUCUGUCGACAGUGUGUAUUUGCAACAACAACAAAGAGAGGUGGUGCACUUAAGAAAGGACCAAAUGCCAAAGCACUGCAAGUCAUGAAACAAACGUUACCAUAUAAUGCAACAGACCUUGAGUGGGAUGCAGGUCAUAAAACCAACGUCCAGCAGUGCUACUGCUAUUGUGGAGGACCUGGAGACUGGUAUCUAAAGAUGUUGCAGUGCUGCAAAUGUAAACAGUGGUUUCAUGAGGCUUGUGUGCAGUGCCUCCAAAAGCCAAUGCUUUUUGGUGACAGGUUUUAUACGUUCAUUUGCUCAGUUUGCAGUUCUGGACCAGAAUACCUCAAACGUUUACCCUUGAGAUGGGUAGAUAUAGCACAUCUAUGCCUUUACAACCUAAGUGUUAUUCAUAAAAAGAAAUAUUUUGAUUCGGAGCUUGAACUUAUGGCCUACAUUAAUGAAAACUGGGAUAGAUUGCAUCCUGGUGAGCUGGCAGACACACCAAAAUCUGAAAGAUAUGAGCAUGUCCUGGAGGCAUUAAAUGAUUACAAGACUAUGUUUAUGUCUGGAAAAGAAAUAAAGAAAAAGAAGCAUUUAUUUGGCUUGAGAAUUCGAGUUCCUCCUGUGCCACCGAAUGCUGCUUUAAAGGCUGAUAAAGAGCCAGAGGGAACUUCACAUGAGUUCAAAAUUAAAGGCAGAAAGUCAUCUAAACCAAUCCCUGAUGUGAGGGAAUUAAGUAAUGGUAUAGAAAGAAAGGGGAAAAAAAAAUCAGUAGGUCGUCCACCCGGGCCCUAUACAAGAAAAAUGAUUCACAAAACUCCAGAGUCAUCUCCUCUGGAUAAUGAACCAGUUCCAGUGAUAGAGAACCCAGCCUUGGAAUUACCAUGCACUGUUGGGAAAUCUGAUGGAACUGCACAUUCAUCCAAUACCUCAGAUGUGGAAUCCACAGGUGCUGCCAGUAUGAAAGAAACUACCUCAUCUAACAUUUCCAGACAUUAUAGUUUAUCUGACUCGAGAAAAAGGACUCGAACAGGAAGAACUUGGCCUGCUGCAAUACCACAUUUGAGGAGGAGAGGCCGCUUUCCACGAAAAGCACUCCAGACUCAAAAUUCAGAAAUUCUCAAAGAUGAUGAGAGCAAGGAAGAUUACCAGUAUGAUGAACUCAAUACAGAGAUACUUAACAACUUAGCAGAUCAGGAGUUACAGCUCAAUCAUCUGAAGAACUCCAUCACUAGUUACUUUGGUGCAGCAGGUAGAAUAGCUUGUGGGGAAAAGUACCGUGUGUUGGCUCGUCGGGUGACACUUGAUGGAAAGGUGCAGUAUCUGGUGGAGUGGGAAGGAGCAACUGCAUCCUGACUGUAGGACUGAACAUUAUGUUCACUGCACUGUCAUCUGUAAGUACAGCUCAUAAUGCAGAGCCACGAGAGAAAUGGUCUUUAAAUGUGUUUCUAAAAAAAACAAAAAACAAAA